UUUUCGGACUUCUGCAAAAAAAAAGAAUAAGGGAAAGGGGAGGCAGAAGCUCUUACACAGACAGACAAAGCCUUAUUAAUUUCUCAUAUAUGCAGCAACGACUGACAAAGACACCUGUGGUUGACCAUAAAGUCCAGAGAAUCUAGAUCUUCUUUUUUAUUCAUAUGUAAAAUAUACAUAUACAUGUACAUAUACCAAAAUGAAGACCUGAAGAUUUGUUUUAGUAGGAGGAAAAAGCUAAUGGAAAUAUGGCAUUGCACAGGAACCAAGCAGUGAUCUCAAUAACAAUAAUAAUUGUUUCGAUGUUCCAGUUCAGCAUGAGCUACAGUUUCAAGAAUUGCAUAGAAAGUCCUGGCUCAAACCAUACAAUCUUUAAAUGCACUAAGCGCCUAGCUCAGACAGUUAAAGACAUUGUGGAUGAUAUAUUCCCCUCUGCAACAAAUGUUACAAUCUCUUACUGCAGAUUUGUAAAUAUUCCUCCUCAAAGCUUCAGUGGCCUGCCGAAGCUCAGUGUUCUGCUACUAAACAGCAAUCACAUAAAGUACAUUGAUAAAGAUGCCUUUGCUGAUCUAAAACACCUUCAGACACUGAACCUGUCCAGCAAUUACAUAUUUUAUCUCAAUUCUUCUAUUUUUCAUGGACUCCAGAACCUCAGCACUUUGUUGCUGGCAGACAACCGGCUGACAAAUAUACCUUCUGAAGUAUUUUCUAACUUGUCUACAUUGGAGACUCUGGAUCUACGCAGGAACCAGAUAACGGACUUCUCAGCAGUGGUGCACUCCAUAUCAAACCUGAAAUGGCUGAACAAACUGGACAUUUCCUUCAACAGACUUAUCACUUUGCAACACUCACACAGCAUGCCCCUGUCACUUUCCCAUCUUUAUCUUGGUUAUAACAAGCUGACCACACUGGCAUGCAGUACUGAAUUUCUAAGUAAUAUCAAAGUGCUAGAUCUCUCUUACAAUAAACAACUGUCAGCCCAGGCUUUCUUUGGUCUGAACCUGAGCAGUCUAACAUACCUGCGUCUGCAUUCCACCAACAUUUCAAUAACAACACUGCUUAAUCGUACUAAUGUGAUGCCUUGGCAUGUAGAUUUCUCAGGAUUGGGAUUAACAGAGCCAAUGCUAGUUGCCUUGUGUAAACAACUUUCAUACUAUCCAAAUAAAAACAUUGAAAAAAUGAUCCUUCAGAGCAACAAUCUUAAAGACCUGGAUAACAACACAUUAUCGGACUGCCCGCCUAUUACUAAGGUGUUGGAUCUUUCAUUCAAUCAGCUGAAGAGCAUAAACUGUUUUCAAUUUCUUAAAGGACAAAAACAUGUUGCAAAACUCCAAACUGAACAUAACCACAUUACCAAUCUGAUAAAUUGCAAACAUCACAUGCGUUUUUUCCACUUGAAAGAACUGAGCUACCGUUACAACCGAAUUCUUGAGGUGAAUGCAUUUUCCUUUGCUCAUACACCAAAUCUGACAACGCUUCAACUGAAUAUAAACAUAAUUGCCUACUUGGAUCGCCAAGCACUGAAUGGACUUAAAGAACUUGUUACACUUCGCCUGGACAACAACCUUCUGACUGAUAUCUAUAACGAGAGCUUUGCGGACCUUCACAGUCUUCAGAAACUUAUCUUGCGCAAUAACCAAAUUGCCGUCAUCUUUAACAACACCUUCCACUCCCUCAGCAAGCUAAGCAUUUUGGAUUUAGGUGGGAACAAGAUUGCACAUUUAAUGCCCUUAGCAUUUGAAGGGCUGGACAGCUUGAAUAACCUUUACUUAGACCGCAAUCGUCUAGCACAAAUUGACAGUACCCUGAUUGGAGGCCUGCAUCGCACACUGCAAGUGCUAGACUUACAUGGCAAUUUUAUCCAUUACAUGGAAGAAAAAGUAUUCUCCCCAUUUGUAACACUAACAAAGCUGACUGACUUAAAGUUAGAUGGACAGAUGCCAUAUGGCAUAACUUUAUUGCCUCCUGCAUUUUUUCGUGGCCUCUCUUCCCUGAAAAGUCUUUACCUAAGCAACAACCAUAUCUCUUUUUUCAGCUCAGACACAUUUGAUGACCUGAAAAACUUGAAGUUUUUAACAUUAGAUGAUUCUUGUGUUGGGGUGACCCAACUCAAGCCAGGAAUUUUCAAAAACCUUCACAACCUGGAGAUAUUAACAGUUGAAAACAUGGGCAUUGAGGCAUUUUCAAAAGAGGUGUUUGGUAAUCUCACAGGGCUGAAAGUAUUGCAUCUUAACCACAAUGCUUUGCGGACUUUGGACGUGGAACUGCUAGAAAAUCUGACCAAUCUACAGUAUCUAGAUGUUAGAAAUACUCCUCUCAGUUGCAACUGUCCCAAUAGUGAUCUCCAGAAUUGGACAAAAAACAACAAAAGGGUACAGUUUAUAUAUCUGUACAACCUGACAUGUCCUGAUGACAAAGGGUCAAACUUUUACAACUUUGACACUCAUGUAUGUUCGGAUUUUGGUGUGUAUUUAUUUGCCUCCACUUAUGUUGUAACACUGAUAUUAACUUUACUUCCACUACUUCAUGUUAAGUUUUACUGGAAGUUUAAAUAUGGCUACUACGUCUUCCGUUCUUGGUUUGGCGAGCGGUGGCGUCGUCUUCGGGAAGAAGAAGAGAAAUGCACAUAUGAUGCUUUUAUCUCCUACAACUCGGCAGAUGAGGAAUGGGUGAUGGAGCAGCUUCUACCGAACAUUGAGGGGAGUGGCUUCCGACUUUGCCUCCACCAUCGGGACUUUGAACCAGGCCGCAACAUAGUCGACAACAUUGUGGCAGCAGUCUACAACAGCCGUAAGACAGUGUGUGUGGUCAGCCAAAACUUUCUCCACAGUGAGUGGUGUUCCCUGGAGAUUCAAUUGGCCAGCUACCGUCUUUUUGAUGAUAUGCAGGACGUGCUCUUACUUGUCUUUUUGGAGUCUAUCCAUGAACGACAGCUUUCUGCCUAUCACCGUAUGCGAAAGGUUAUGUUGAAAAAAACUUAUCUACAGUGGCCAGGGCUGGACUGCAUAGAUCCUGCCAAGGCACAGGAGCUGUUCUGGAAGCAGCUUAAGCGAGCUUUAAGGAGCAGCAACAGUAGAAGCCCAGAUGAAGAAGAGAUGGAGGGGAAUGUUCAGAAUGGGCCAAGGGCAGGGGAAAAAGAACAUUUGCUAAACCAGACACAAAUGGAUGAGGAGCCACAUUACGUAAUGCCCUAACAAGAGACUUACACUUCAUAUCUAGUCUGUUUCCUACCAAAGAAUCAUGAAAGCAGGAUACAAAAUUGCAAAUUGACCUUGAAUUUCUUAAUUAAUGAUAUUUUCCUUUAUUGAUGAUUUACUUGUGCAGGCACAUUAACAAUGAACAGAAAGAAAGAUUUGUCUGUUAAAUAAGUCAAAUCAUACAAAUGAGACAAAAAUAUUUUGCAUGUAAUAAGGAUGUAAAUAAAAUUGUGCUUUAUUA